GAGGCGUCGGGGAGGAGCCGGGGCCCUGAGGAGGAGCCGCCACGUCCGGGAGAAGCCGGCGGCGGGCAGCCACCACAGUUAGCACGUGAGGCCGCGGGCGCCGAGGGGCCGGAGACCAGAUAAAAAAAAUAGAGCUACAAAAGGAAAUAUGGACUGCAGUUUGAACAAGGAAAUUCCUAAUGCUGAGGUUGAAGUGGAUGCACUGCUGAGGUGCAUUAAGCAACACCUAGGCGACUUUUGUGAUGUAAUGAGUGGUUUGCUGUCAUUUGUUUCGAUUUGUCAAGGAAACAGCAGUGCAAGUGUUUAUUUUCACAGUAUUGGUGGUUUGAAGCUGGUACGUGAGCUUUCAAUGUUAGAUGUGCCCAAUGACUUGAAAGAAAUCACCCUGUAUACAUUAGGAAGUCUGGCCAAUUGUAGUGCCCCCUGUCAUCAAAGUCUCUGUACUCCUGAUUUUUUUGAGGAAGUGAAGAUGUUCAUAGUUGACGAGAAGUCCAGUUUGGAUUUGCGGACAAUCUCUGUCUCCCUUCUAUUGAGCCUAGUUUCAAAGAACAGUGUUGGACAAGUGCUUUUGAAUGGAACAGGCUGUAUUGAUGUUCUGCGAAAGUUAUUCAGGGACACUCUCACAAAAUCUGAAAUUGAUUCCUCGAAUGAAAGCUUUAAGAAGAAAUAUCCCCUGUGGUAUAUAGUGUGCAAUACUCUAAGUGCAGCUGUCAGCAAACCUAAAAAUGUGGAAAAUCAGAUGAUUUGCCGUGACAUUUUGCCACGUGCACAGACCAUGUUAGAAGCAAGUAUGAAGCCUGAGAUAAUACAUCCUCUUUGCCUACUUAUUGGAUUCAUAGUGGAAGGAAACUCAGGAAUUCAGAAAUUCUUCACAUCUAUUGGUGGAUUGGAUGCUUUGGCCUAUGUUUUUAUUGAGUUGGUCAGAGAGUCACGUCAGAAUAUUUCUAGUGCUAAAUUGGCAGUAGAGGUGACAAGUGCCAUGGGUAACUGCAUUCACCAUAACCCUCCUGGUAGUAGAAUUCUGGCGCAUUAUCAAGUUGUGCCCCAAAUUUUGACUUUGCUGGUUCUGAAGAGUUUAAGUUAUCAAGAGAAAACGAUUCUACUGAUUACCCUUGGGCGUUGCAUGCAGACAUGUGAUGAAAAUCUGGGACACCUGCUCCAAAACAAUGGCCUCAAACUUAUAGAAGAUUCAUUUUCUGUGUCUCAUCAUGGAAUUGUAAGCGUCAUUGUUCCUUUUAUCCAGGUCAAACGUAAGAUUUGGGUUGAGCAGUUACUUGCUAAAUUUCACGGGUAUAUUUCAAAGAAAAAAAAAACAAGGAAAUGUCUUGCCCACUUGAAGAAAACCAAAGAAACCCUGACUAAGGAACAGUGGGAAAAUGAAGAAGAGGAGGAACAAAGCCCUGAAACAGUUGGCGGUGUUGAAGAUUCUGUGCUGAAGGACAGCGACCAAGAAAAGGCCCUUCUAAAGCAACGUCCUGAGUUAGGUGCUCAGUUUUACCACCCACCUGCAAACGAUGAGCACAAGAGUCAAUUAGAGAGUCCAGGAGGAGAUGCCACAAGUGCUUUUUACAGCAGGCGUCAACAAAUUGGAAGGAAACAUGUGUUUGACCAUCCAGCUCCAGAAGGUGAAAAUAGAGUGCAGCAGCCAUCCAAAGAAGAACAACCCAAGAAUCCCUAAAGAAGGUGCAGAAGAAAAAGUAGCCUCCAUUUUGACUCCAGUAAAGAAACCAGGAAACCAUUGGAAUUGAACUUCAUGGUCUUACCCAGGAAGGAAGACUAAAGUACA